UAACGAUGACCCAAUUGAAAUCUCAUGAACAGGAAUACAAAUAUGCCAGUGGUGGAGCUCCCACAAUCUAGUGUUUUCCACCUAUGGUGCCAUGUCAAUUUUUAAGUUUCCUCCUCCCAAGUCCCAUACCUUCCUUUUCUCUCCCCACUUUUGGUAACUCACUUUGUUUCCUUAUAUAAGGUAUCAACUCUUUUGUGUUUCUUGUGAAAUAAUGAUGGCUUAUAAAAGUACCACUCAAGAUGAAACAUUGCGUAAGGGUGCUUGGCUUGAAGAGGAAGAUGAGUUGUUAGUGACCUUCGUAACCAUUUUUGGACAGCGGCGGUGGGAUUCCAUAGCUAAAGCAUCAGGCCUUAGAAGGAGUGGCAAGAGUUGCAGGUUGCGUUGGCUGAACUAUCUCCGACCUGACCUUAAGCAUGGUCGAAUUAGUGCUGAAGAAGAGCGCAUUAUUCUUCACCUUCACCAACGUUGGGGAAACAAGUGGUCAAAGAUUGCUCGGAAGCUGCCAGGAAGAACUGAUAACGAGGUUAAGAACUACUGGAGAAGUCAUCUGAGAAAGACAACACUUGCCCAAGAACAAGAAAACUUGCAGAAAGAGAUACGGAUUGUUGCACCUACACCCCAAGAUUUCUUAACCCAAGAAGGUGAUCAAAUAACCAAGACAUGGAGCUUUGAGGAUGACAGCUCUGUUAUGGAGAAUAAAUUGGGGAUGUCAGAGGACUCAACUGAUAUCUUUACAUUAUCAGACAAUGCAUUUGCUAGUUCACCAUAUGAAACCCAUUUAACAGAUUGGAUAUCAGGGAUCUCAGACAAUCAAACAGUAAUGAUACAUGGUGAAGAGGGCAGUAUUUUGGAUCCUUUGUUCUGUUAUCCUACAUGGAUUUCCGAAAAUGAAACUGAUGUAUCAGCCCAUUGCUUUGACUCCCUCUGGGAUGUGGACUAUAAGAACUUAAAAAAUGAAAUGUAGAGAGCAGGGGACCCUUUUAAUUAGUGAAAAGUGAAAAGUGAAGAGCGAAGAUAGAAUAGAACCUUUAGUUUGUAAUAUAAACAUGUACAUAAAUGUCUGUGUAACCCAGAA